UGACCUUACACAGGCCGCCGGUUCUCAAUGGGCCUCAGUCUUCCCAUCUGUGCAAUGAAGGCGCUGAACUAGAAGGCAGAGCCCAGCUCCAGCGACUCACCCUCGAGCCCCUGCUCCUCCUGCUUCCCCCAGCCCUGGCCACGGGUGGCCACAUGCAGUCGUGGAGAAGAAAGUCCCUCCGGCUGGCACUGUCGGCCUCCUGGCUCCUCGUCCUUCUGAGAGUCUUCCCCCUCCUCCGCCUGACAGUGCCUGCCAGACCCCGGGCGGGUGCCCCCCAAGGCUGGCCCCGCUGGCUGGACUUAGAGCUCCUGCAGAGUUUCUCCCAGCCUGGGGAGCUCCCAGAAGAUGACCCUCAACCUCCUCCGGCCCCCCGUGGUGACAGCUGUGACUGGGGAGCUUGCUUUGAUGUCUCCAAGUGCAGGGGUGGUGGUCUCAAGGUGUUCGCGUACCCAGUGGCUGGACCGAUCUCUGACACUCAGCGCGGGAUCCUGGCUUCCAUUGAGAGCUCCCGCUUUGGCUCCGUCAGCCCCGACGAGGCCUGCCUCCUCCUCCUCCUCAGCCUGGAAGCCCCAGCUGGGGAGUGCAGCCCCUUGCCCCAGCAGUGGAACAGUGGAAGGAACCAUCUGGUCCUCGGUCUCCACCCAAACUUCUGCCCCCAGACCUUCCAACUGGGACAGGCGAUGGUGGCCAAGGCCAGCCCCACAGUGGACACCUUCCGGCCUGGUUUUGACGUGGCCCUCCCGCUUCUCCCCGAAGCCCACCCAUGGCGAGGUGGGGCCCCUGGCCAGCUGGGACAGCACAGCCCCCACCCUGGGGUGCCCCUGCUAGCCCUGGCAGAGGAGAGGGGCGGGUGGCGCACAGCAGGCACUGAGUUCUCUGCCUGCCCCCGGGAUGGGCACUGUGAGCAGGACCACGGACCUGAGCAGACCCACCCUGGGGCAACGCUCCCCAAUGCUACCUUCUGCCUCAUCCCUGCCCGCCAUCCUGAUGCCUUGCACUUCCUCCAAGCCCUGCAGGCUGGCUGUAUCCCUGUGCUUCUCAGCCCUCGGUGGGAGCUGCCCUUCUCCGAAGUCAUCGAUUGGACCAAGGCGGCCAUUGUGGCUGAUGAGAGGCUCCCAUUUCAGGUCCUCGCUGCCCUCCGGGAGAUGCCCGCCACCCGGGUCCUUGCCCUGCGUCAGCAGACCCAGUUUCUGUGGGAUGCCUACUUCUCCUCAGUGGAGAAGGUCAUCCAUACCACUCUGGAGAUUAUUCAGGACCGGAUCUUUGGAGCACCUGCUCACUCCUCGCUCCUGUGGAACAGCCCUCCAGGCGCCCUCUUGGCCCUGCCCACUUUUUCUACAAGCCCCUCAGACUUCCCCUUCUACCACCUACAGCGGGGCUCUCGGCCUGCUGGCAGGUUCAGUGCUCUGAUUUGGGUGGGGGCCCCAGGGCAGCCCCCACUGAAGCUCAUCCAGGUGGUGGCAGGUUCCCAGCAUUGUGCCCAGAUCCUGGUUCUCUGGAGCAGUGAGAAGCCACCCCCUUCCAGGUGGCCCAAGACAGCAGUGCCCUUGACAGUGCUGGCCGGGCAGAGGAAGGCCAGUGACCGCUUCUUCCCGCACCGAGCCCUCAGCACGGAUGCCAUCCUCAGCCUCGAUGCACAGAGCAGUCUUACCACAAGCGAGGUGGACUUCGCUUUUGUGGUGUGGCAGAGCUUCCCGGAGCGGAUGGUGGGCUUCCUGACAUGGAGCCACUUCUGGGAUGAGGCCCGGGGUGACUGGGGCCACACUGCCGAGAAGGCCAACGAAUUCUCCAUGGUUCUCACAUCGGCUGCCUUCUACCACAGAUACUACCACACCCUCUUCACCCACUCCCUGCCCAAGGCUCUGAGAACCCUGGCAGAUGAAGCACCCAGCUGUGUGGACGUUCUGAUGAACUCCCUGGUAGCAGCAGUCACCAAGCUGCCCCCUAUCAAGGUGCCCUAUGGGAAGCAGCGUCUGGAGGCCAGCCCUCCCCUGGCACCUGGGGGCCCAGACCCGCAGCCGCCGGCCCAGGACUGCAUCAAUCAGAUGGUGGCCGAAUUUGGCUACAUGCCUCUGGUCUCCUCUCGCCUCCGUCUGGACCCAGUACUGUUCAAGGACCCAGUCUCCGUGCUGCGCAAGAAGUACCGCAGCCUGGAGAAGCCCUAGCUUGGACCAGCAGAGCCCCCAGUCCUGCUCCUGGGGGGCGCUGCUUCUGCAGAGCGGUUAGGAGGGGCUCAGCCCCCUCCCUUCGGACAUCCGGAGAGCCAAUCAAGGCUCCCAGUUAGCCAACACGUCAGGUCCCUAUUAGCCAAUCAGCCCAAUGCCCGGAGCUGUGGGGCAUCGCCCCACCCUCCAGUCCCGCCGCUCCUGGCAGGUCACGGGUGCAGGGCCCUUGCUCUGGGACUGUGCCCUCAGCCGUCGUGACCUUAUGCCUGGAAUGCCUUUCCCAGCUUCUCUGCGGGAGCUGACUUUCACUUGUCUUUCAGAUCUCCGCCUCCUCCACGGACUUGCCUGACCCCCAUCCCCGACCCAGAUCCUCUCCUCUUUUACAGCCGAGUGUUCCCCACUGUUCAUGCUGCUUUGCAAAGUACACAGUCAGGCCCAGCCUGGGACCAGCCUGGAAGCCCCGGGAGGGCAGGGCCAUGUCCUCUUCUCUCUGGCCUGGCAGGUGUUUCACAAGUAUUUGACGAACAGAUAAAAAACCUCAACUGCGUGCCUGGCCCUGUGCCGUAGUCGAGAGUGCGGACAGUGUGCCAAGUGAGACAAAAUUCCGUCCUCCUCCACCUUCGGGGUUCUCAGUCCGGCAGUAAGGCAGCCACCCGCAGAUGCCUGGGUUGCCAGGCGCGAUCUUCGCACAAAGAGGCGCCGAGAAGCCAGUUUCGGGGCUUCCUUCCCGAAUCUGGCAGAGCAGGGGCCGGAGGGGAAGAAAGAUGGGAACGCCAGGGGUCCUGCCAGCCCAGCCCAG